AGGGCUGCACGGAGAGCCGACUUGGGGAAACUUACCUACAAAGUUGCCUUUAUUUCUGCCGGAGGGUACACACGGGCACAGCGAGGGGACGGGAGCCGAGCACGGACCGGGAAUGAUUUUUCCGAGCAGCAGUAACCCUGUGAGAACCCCGUACAGGAAGCAGCAACCCAUUGUGCCUGCUCACCCCAUGGCUCCUCCAAGUCCAAGCACGACCAGCAACCACAACAGCAGUAGUAGCAGUAGCAGUUCUGGUUGGGAUCAGUUAAGCAAAACUAACCUGUAUAUUAGAGGACUCCUUCCAAACACCACAGACCAGGACCUAGUCAAGCUCUGCCAACCAUAUGGCAAGAUUGUUUCCACAAAGGCGAUUCUGGAUAAGACAACAAACAAAUGUAAAGGUUAUGGAUUUGUAGACUUUGACAGCCCGGCAGCUGCUCAGAAAGCGGUCUCGGCUCUGAAGGCGACCGGAGUCCAAGCACAGAUGGCAAAGCAACAAGAGCAAGACCCAACAAACUUGUAUAUAUCCAACUUGCCUCUAUCAAUGGACGAACAAGAGCUUGAAAAUAUGCUGAAGCCAUUCGGACAGGUUAUAUCUACAAGGAUACUCCGCGACUCCAGUGGUACCAGCCGUGGGGUUGGAUUUGCAAGGAUGGAAUCGACAGAGAAAUGUGAAGCCGUCAUCAAUCAUUUUAAUGGAAAGUUUAUCAAGACACUUCCUGGUGUAUCAGCUCCCACAGAAGCCCUGCUGUGCAAGUUUGCUGACGGAGGACAGAAGAAGAGACAGACCCAGAACAAAUACGUCCAGAAUGGAAGAGCCUGGCCGAGAGAGGGCGAGGUGAGACUUGCUGGAAUGACGCUGACUUACGAUCCCACUGCUGCUAUUCAAAAUGGGUAUGUCAGAAGGUUCUACCCCCCACCAUACAGCAUUGCCACAAACAGGAUGAUUACCCAAACGUCCAUCACCCCCUAUAUUGCAUCUCCCGUCUCAACGUACCAGGUGCCAAGUCCCUCCUGGAUGCAGCCUCAGCCAUAUAUCAUGCAGCAUGCUGGGGCAGUGUUAACUCCCUCCAUGGACCAUACCAUGUCACUACAGCCGGCCUCCAUGAUGAGCCCUCUUACCCAGCAGAUGAGUCACAUGUCAUUAAGCAGCAGUGGAACGUAUAUGCCUGCAACAACAGCUAUGCAAGGAGCGUACAUCCCACAAUACACACACGUCCAGACAGCUGCAGUUUCUGUUGAGGAGCCCAGCGGUCAGCAGCCGGUGUCGGUAGAGACCUCUAACGAUCAUUCUCAGUACACCUAUCAACAAAACAAGUAACUCUAAGAUGGAACGAUGACCUUGAUUGGGGGAAAAGAGGUUCAGAUGCUGAAACAAUCACGGAUUUUUCUGAACAAUCAAGCUUUAUGAAUUGACAGUUUUGCACAGGUUCUUGGGAAAAAAUGUUAUUUAUAAUGAAAUCAACUCGAACUAUUUUUGCUAUAAGUUCUAUGAGGUGCAUAAAAAAAACCCUUCAAUUCAUCUAGUGGCUGUUCCCCUGAACAGGUUUAUUUUAUUAUGAGAUUUUUUAUCAAGUAACGUAACACAAAAAAGAGACAGACUAUGAGUUAUUUCUGGGUGUGCACAGGUGACCAUUUCUUUGAAUACAUGUGCAUACCAGAAACUUUUUGUGUUAUUUUUAUUUUACUUUUUGUCCUUUUUUAAAUUUUGAUGAGAUGCUUUUGUUUUUUAACUUUUGAGAAUUGUUUUUUUUUUUUUCUGUUUGUGAUUAUUUUUUUUUAUUUCUUAUUGAAGGUUAACUCUUUUACUGGCAAGAAACCAGUGACAGGUCAUUGCAAAACUAAAUAUUCCUGGUUUCUCCAAUUUUGAAUUGGUUACAAUAAAAAAAAAAGGCGUCGUUUGUGACGCCUCUGUGCUUGCAGUGUGAGUGUUGCUGUAGUGCAGUGUUGCAGUUGCUGUCCGUUCUGACUAAUUUUUUCUCAUAGCGUGAAGUGUCUUAUCUUUUUUCAAUGAAUUCCAAUUUGCCUUAAAACUUUUAAAUGCUGUAGCUUUUUUUUUUUCCUCCUCGUAAUUACUAGAAAAAAUAUCUAAAAAAAUAAAAUACAAUAAAAAUAAAAAAAAAGUGUAGAUUGCUUUUGACCAAGCAAGCUGGUCAGUUAUGCCUUGUAAAACAGCAGCAUAGGGCUUUUAAAGGUAGUUAAUAAAAUUGCUGAAAAUUUGGCUUUUUAAUGUGUAGAUGUUUUUAAUUUUGUUUUUCACGUAACAUGUAUGGUAGUGGAAAAAGCUGUGGGCGGGCGGGAAGGAGGGAUAAUGUUUUUGUGUGAAACACAUUUUCUGACUGGGAUGUUUUAAUAGAAUCAGUUGUUUUGUAAGGCCUUAUGCCAAUAAUUUGCUCUGGUAGUCUAAGCAAUUUUAGGAAAUCUGCUGUAAGAUGCAAUGUAAAAACUUUUUUGCUUUUUUUUGCGCAAAUAACUUGAUGUUUUAGUGUCAUUAGAAUAUAGGAAAUGGGAUAGGGGAUUUGUCUGUGAAUGUGUUCCUUUUUUAUUUUUUGUUUUCUUCCUUUCUCGCUUUUUUUAUUUUUUAGUUUCUUUAUACAAUUAAUGAUAGUGCUUUAGAUAGUUGAUUGUGCUCAAACCAAGCAAACAAAAAAGUGCUGAUGCAGCAUUAUGGCAAAAAGCUAAAGGACUUUAAAAAUGAAAAAGCUGAGACAUAAGUGGAAUCGUAAAUGCAUUGGGUACUAGCUCUCUAUUAGGUGAUAAAAAAAAAAGAAUAAUUAAAAAAAAAAAAAGACUUGGCACUUUUUAAAGGUAACUUUACCAAAGAACAAAGAGCCAGUAACCAAUCUUCCAAGAUUAUUCUCAGCAUGAAAUUUUUCUGUACUCUUUAUUUUUGCCGGACCAGUUUGCUGAUAGGAGAAUGUGCCUUUUUUUGUACAUUUGCAUUUGUUUUUAAUAGUUUUAGUACAUGUAUGGACACAAUUUAAAAAGCAUGAAGGAAGACUUGGAUCCAAGCAGUGCCACACUUCACGUCAUCACUACAAGUAUUAAUUGUAAAGAAAAAAUAAAAAAAUAAAAACUUGUUUUGAAACUAUGAAAUUUCUGAUUGGCCAAAUACUGCAUUUUAGUUAUAUAUGUGCAUGUAUGUAUGUGUGUAUAGAUAUAUAGAGAGAGAUAUUUAUAUUAUACACACACGCAUAUACACAAUUUUAAUAACACAUUAGAUCAAUCACUGCUUAUAUUAUGGCUUUUUAUGGUUUUAUUUUAAUAGCAUAUGUAAAGGAAAAAAAAAUUAUGUUGUCUUCCAAAACUGUGUACUUGCCUGGUCAGCAGUGUGAUCAGUUAUCUACCUCAAACUUUAUUUCCUUUUUUAAUGGGACAGGUUGCUGGCACUGCCUGUUUCCACUGACCAAAUCCUCCUAGCUGGAGCUAGGGCUAAGCAGUUUUAAGGACAGUUUUUUUUUUUUAUGAUUAUUUUUUAUUAUUUUAAGUAUUCUUUGUAUUAAAACUGCAUGUAUUUGACUUCAGCCAGUGGAGACAUUUCAUAGUUUCAAAAGUAAUUGCUGCUCUAAGUUUUAGAUUUUAGUUUAAAAAAAAAAAAAAAUUUACAUAUUCACAAGAAUAUUGUGUUAUUUUUUUUUCUUAAUCUUAUUUUUAAUUUCUUUUGCAGAGGAAUAAAAAAAAAAAAAUAUCAAAAGUUGUGGUAUAAUUGGUUCAAUGCUCCCUGUUUAAAAUUGCUUUAAUGAAACACCUUUGCUGCUUCAGGUGUGGGUUUUAUCCUUACGAAUUCUAAACCGGCCCCUUAAGCAGUAAAGAAUUGACGUUCAGACAUGCAGCCAUUUUUCUUUUAUAAAAGCCUUCUAAAUUUCAGGUUUUGUUUUUUUUUCUUUCUUUUAUUGUGAAAGUUAGAUAUUUGUAGUCCCGUCACACAGAUCUAUUAAGAAGAAUAAAACAGUGCUGCAGGUGUCUGAAUAAGGUGCCAUACUUUGUGUCUGGGUAAGAUUUGGAACAUAGAAAAAAAAAAAAAAAACAUAACCUCUGUACAUAUAAAAUAAUCAGUUAAAA